UGACACACAAAACACAUGUGUGCAUGCAAGGAAACAGAGCACCACAACACGUGGCCAAAAAUAAACAGAGAACAAGGUUACAGAAACUUCUAGGACGCGCCAUUGCGCAUGGUAAUCCAAAAUUCAAAUGAGGAAGUUGGGCGCCAAUGCCCAAUUAGAAAAUGGCUUGAGCGCCCCACUAUAAAAGGCUCCUCCUGCUCCUGAUGAACCCAAAGCAAAGCCAUCCACACGCUUCAAAUAUGCCAAUCUCCUUAGCAUGGUGAAGAGUUCCAUCCUCAACCAUGGCAUUAGAUCUAAAUACAGUACCUGGCGAAGAAAGUGAACAGCCCUUAAUAGCCCGUAGAACCAUGGCCAUAGAUCCAAAUGAAGUACCAGGCGAGGGAAGCAAAGAGCCCUUACCAGACCUAAAUCAAGAGCCUGAUGAUGAUGCUGGAGAUGAAGUCCAUUACCUGCAGGAAGAUCAAUUUCAUCUCAUCAAAGAAGCACAAGUGCAUCCACUCAAAGGUCAGUCCCACUAUCUCCACAAAGAGCAACACGGUGGUGUGCAUGCCAUAGAUCUCAAUAUUCCUGCUUGUGAGGGGCAAGAAGACGAAUGUCAUGAUGUUCUUCUUGUUGACGAACAGCAUGAACAAGAUGGAGAUUUCAACUUUGACGUUGCACAUGAACAAGAUUUUGACCUCAACUUAGAAGCUGCUGAUCACCGAAAUGAUCUGCAACAAAUGAUCAACAUGAUCGAGGACGUGAACGACUAUGGUGUGUACGCUGAUGCUAUGAACAUAGACUUCGAUGAAGAAAUGGAGGACUCAAAUGUCGAAGAAGAUGAACAUAGGUGCAGAAAUUUGACGGACACUGAAAGGCAACAGAUAUACGAAGCAUUGCUUGAGAGAAGUAAUCGUGGAAAAUUAAAAAAGAACAGCACGAAUAUAGUAGCGCAGCUGUUCCAGGUCAGCAGGUAUCAAGUUCGUGCUGUUUGGCGAAGAGUUAAGCAGUGCCGUGCACAAGGCAGACAAGUAGAUGUUAGAUCCCGGAGGAAGAAUUGUGGCCGCGAAAGGAUACAAACCGAUCUAUUAGAUGUCCUUAGAGUUCCCUUGCAUAGGAGGAGGACUAUACGAUCACUAGCUAAUGCUAUUGGUGUAAAGAAAAGCACUUUGCAUAGACGGUUCAAGGAAGGCCUACUACGAUGCCACUCGAGCACAUUAAAGCCUCUGUUGACAGAAGAUAACAAGAAAGACAGGCUACGAUGGUGUGUUUCCAUGUUAGAUCCCCAAACAUUGCCAAAUGAAUCCAAGUUCAUUGAAAUGGACAACAUCAUCCAAAUCUUUCACAAAUUCAUGACAUUUCGGGGGUCUCUUCAUCAGGCAAAGAUUGCAGUUUUGUUCAUUGAAUCAGUGGUAGCUCCAUGGCCACAUGCCUAUAUGGAGCAGAUUCUCUGGCGUGUAGUGUCUGCUUGCUGGUGUUGGCGAGGGAUAUCCUGAAGUCCCUUCCCUUCUUGACGCCAAGUCUUUCAUGAUGGUCUCAGUGACUUGGCCCACAGUCAAUCGGCACUCAAGCUUGCCUGCAUGCUAGGACUUCGUUCCAAAAAGAUAUUGCUGUAGCACCAAUCUUGACUGCAAGUUCUCUCAUCUUAACUUCUUUAGUACUAAGAAAAAGCCAAAGCUGAAUUCCUGUGUGCGAUUUUCAUAACUUCAAGUGAGGGCAUAUCUCACUCCAGGUUUUUUGAGUAAACUAAGGUACAAUUCUAUGUAUUCAACAAAAUGGAUGAAAUCUGACGAAAGAAGUGCAUGUUGAUAACAUAGCAUGCACACUGACACAGAGAACAAAUGGAAA